ACCAUCAUUCCACGAGCAGAUCGACACGACUGGGAAGAAAAGAGCUUCGCUCGACAAGUUUAGGACCAACCAACCAACGAUGAAGAGUGGCACGCUGGUGGCGAUCCUACUUCUCCAGACCGUCGUGGUCAUGGGGAUCCUCGCACACUCACAGGCCGCGGACGCGGACGACGAUUUCCCCAAGUGCUGCGACCACUGCAACUCCUGGUCGGGGGCCCAAUUCUGCGACGACGUGGGCCCCAGGUGCCGCGACGGCUGCGUCAAUUGUCGCGUGGUGCAGACGCGCCCCGUGAAGACGUUCCGGUGUGGAGAUGGACGCUCCGCCUUCCCGUACAUUCCCUGCCCGCCGCCGUGCAAAAACAACUGAUCGCUCCACCUCAUCACACGGUGAGAUCGAUGUCGGGCCGGAAAAUACUCCCUUCAUUCCUAAAUAUUUGUCUUUCUAGACA